AUGGCCGGCGUAGACCCAGUGCGAUCACUGACAUGCGCCGUGUGCUCGCGGAGCUUCGGCCGCUAUGAACAUCUGCAGCGCCACUCGCGGACUCAUACGAAGGAGAAGCCAUAUGUCUGUCGAUGUGGGCGCUCAUUUACUCGGAAGGACCUGUUGACUCGCCACGAGCGGCUGAAUCACUCCCCUUCUGGCCGCCGCCGUUCAACUCCAGCGACUGCAGGCACCAAUGAGCCUGUCACGCCGUCCAGUGGCUCGCAGCAUGACAAUGUGCAGUCGAGCGCCACUGAUUCUUUCCCGAGUGACUAUCUACCAGUCGCAGAUCAUCAGUCGCUGGGUGGCUUGAUGCUGACUGGUCAAGAUGAUCCAAUCUUGGACUACACGAUGCUGUUAAACGCACCGGAGAUGAACUUGGAUGGUAGCAGUUUUAUAAUGGACCCUAUGCUUAACCAGCAGAACCUUUCGUUGGAUGGAUUGGAUCCACCGCAGUUCGCUGCUCCCAGUCCUAUUGUCUCGCCUCCAAUACCAGAUGACAGCUACGGAGACGAUGACUUUCGCGAACUGAAGCCGGUGCGUUGUCCAUGGAUGAUGCCAGAAGCGCAGCGAAUACAGCUUCAAGAGGCCGUUGACCAGUUUGCUCAUGUUCUCCCGCAACUCGUGCUCCCAUCACGCCUUGCAAUUGCUCGGUAUGUCAGCGGGUAUGUGGAUGGCUUCAGCCACCAUCACCCGUUUAUCCAUAUCCCGACCUUGCGUCUUGUAUCGUACCUGGAGUCGCCCGAAUUGAUUCUAGCAAUCCUGGCGAUCGGUGCUCAGUAUCGAUAUGAGACCAAGACGGCCCAUGGUCUGUACCACGCUUCUCGGGCUAUUGUGUUGGAGCGGAUACGGCGAGGCGACUUCUUUCGCCCACAUCAAGACAGUGUAGGAGAUCAAACUAAUGCGAAAGACGACCUGUCACCCCACGGGUGGAUGGACCGGAUUAGAACGCUGGUUCUUCUCUUCGUGUAUUCUUCAUGGAAAAAUGAACCAGAAUUCAUUAACCAGGCGUUCGAGUACCAGGGCAUCAUAGCGCGUUGCCUUCGAGAGGUCCGCCUCACUGAGGAGUCGGAUUUGGAACCGGACAACUGGACAGAAUGGGCUCGGGAUGAAACAGACCGACGGACGAAGCUGUUUGCCUGGUGUCUGAUCAGCCUACACAGCAUUGCAUUUGACACGCCCCCUGCUUUACUAUUCCGGGAGAUCAACUUGUUCCUUCCAUCGACCUGCAAAGAAUGGGUUGCCCGGAACCAGAAAGAGUGGAAGAAUGCCAGAGCCCAUGCCCCGGACCGUGCAACGUUCAAGGAUGUACAUGCUUCGCACCUAGGCACGGCCAGUAGUCCCCAUGCACCAGGACUUUCGCCCAUGGGAAACUACAUCCUUGUCCAUGCGCUGAUCCAACGAAUAUACCUAGCGCAACAACUAUCCCAUGAUCCCUACGCCCAAAGCCUCACCCCAAGCGAUAUCGCAGACUUUGAACUCGCGUUGACCCGAUGGCGACAUACUUGGCGAACAUCGCCUGAGUCCGGCUUAGACUUGCAUAACCCCUACGGAUCGAUGUCCUUCACAUCGACGGCCCUCCUAGGCGCCGCCCAUAUACGUCUACACUGCAAUCUGGGCCAGUGGCGGGAUCUUCAGAGUUGCAAUCCCGAUACAAUAGCCGCGACUCUUUUGAAAGCCCCGGCGCCACGGCGAGGGCCUGAGACCAUCUACGCCAUUCUUCACUCGGUACAUGCCCUUAAUAUUCCUGUUCAAAUCGGACUAUCGUAUUACACGCACUGCAAGUCCUACUCCUGGAGCAUCCAGCAUGCACUGUGCAACAUCGAAUGCGCCGCCUUCCUGAGCAAAUGGCUGCUGACUCUUUCGUCCUCAUGCUCCUCAUUACCUUUGACAGACCUUGAAAGCCGGGUCGUGCAAUGGAUCGGCCGUGUCGUCCGCGAAGCCCUGCUAUCCCAUGACGAUACCAUUGAUAUUGUAUCUAAUAUCGGCGACACCGAGAUAACGAGCCCGGAGUCAUCGACGCAGAAGCUGAGUUAUGCCGUCGUCAAGGCGUGGGCGCAGAUGUUCAAGCUGUGCAACAGUCCAUGGCCGAUUGUGCAACUCAUCGGACAGAGUCUCGAUCGGUAUGCCGAGUUGAUUCGUCCAUCACUACUGGCUGGGUGA